AUGACAGGAAAAAAACAUAUAAUUCUAAAUGCCUUUGAUAUGGGGAGCAGUGGACACCAAGCACCUGGCUUAUGGAAACAUCCUAAGGAUAGAUCUAAUGACUUUGAUAAGUUAGAAUACUGGACAAAUUUGGCAAAGUUGUUAGAAAAAGGGAAAUUCAAUGCUUUAUUCAUUGCGGAUGUUUUAGGGGGGUACGAUGUGUAUGAGGGUAAUUUGGAUGCUGCUUUGAAAUCGGGAGCUCAAGUUCCAUUAAUUGAACCAGGAUCACUUAUUCCUGCUAUGGCAGCAGUUACCGAUCAUUUGGCAUUUGCGGUUACGUUCUCAACCAUAAGCGAAGCCCCUUUCCACUUUGCCAGAAGAUUAGCUACGAUUGACGAGUUAUCCAAAGGUAGAGUCGGAUGGAAUAUCGUAUCCAGUUACUUGGAGAGUGCCGCAACGAAUUUACUUAAUGGCGAGCCCUUGCCUCCUCAUGACGAAAGAUAUGCAAGAGCUGAAGAGUAUCUUGACGUUGUUUACAAAUUAUUUUUAUCGUCUUGGAGAGAUGAUGCAGUUGUUUUAGACAAGGAAAAUGGUAUCUUCACAGAUCCAGAAAGGGUUAGGAAAAUCAAUCACGAUGGGAAUUGGUUCAAAGUUCCUGGUCCGAACAUAUUUAGACCCUCGCAACACCAAAGAUUACCAGUGAUCUUACAAGCUGGAACUUCAAGGGCUGGUAAAGAAUUUGCAGCUAAGCAUGCAGAAGCAGUCUUUAUAAACUCAUUCACACCAGAGGACUUGAAAGCCAAGAUACAUGAUAUCAAAACUAUAGCUAAGGAAAAGUUUGGCCGUGAAGAAGAUUCCAUUAAAUUCCUCAAUUUGCUUACUAUUGUGGUUGGUGAAACUAAACAGGAUGCUUUAGAAAAGUUCAAAGACUAUCUGAAAUAUGGGGAUUUGGACGGUAGUCAAGCUUUGUUUGGAGGUUGGACAGGAAUUGAUCUCAGUGAGUAUGAUUAUGACGAGGAAUUGACCAAUGUGGAGUCCAACGCUAUUCGUGCAGCAGUUAAUAAUUGGACCAAGAGGUCUCCAGGAGACCCACCAAAUCUCAAGAAAACAAGACGCUAUGUGGCAGAAAAAAUUACUGUUGGAGGAUUAGGGCCAGUUAUCAUUGGUGAUGCUCAAUCAGUAGCGGAUGAAUUAGAAAGGUGGGUAGAGAUAUCUGGUGUCGAUGGAUUUAACUUAACUUACACUAUUAGCCCAGGGAGUUUUGAGGAUAUUGUAGAAUUGUUAGUCCCUGAGUUGCAGAAAAGGGGUUUGGUGUGGGAUGACUAUCCUGAUGAUGUUCUGACUUAUAGGGAAAGUUUGUUUGGGACCAAAGGCCCAGAUCCUAAAUUUGUCAGACCAAGUCACCCAGCUUACAAGUUAAGGUGGAAAGAAGGAGAAUCAAAGGAGGACUUCGAAAGAAGAAUUAACAUCUAG